AUGAACUUCUUAUCCCAGUUACUUUUGUUUCUUUGCGUCGCAGAAACGUUCUGUAAUCAGCUGGAUUGGUGCUUGUAUUUCAAACUAAGAAAUAUCGACAGACCUGAGUGCAAAUACUAUGAUAUUACUCGUGAGCGACCGGCUAUCAAAAGAAUCAUCGACAGACUGCCAAACAAGGAUAAAUUCCGCAAAAUCGCUUCGUUACCGCUGUCAUCAAUAUCAAACAUCCCACCCAGUCAACCAAUCGUUAGCAGCAUGACUAGUUUCAAGCCUCCUAUCUGCUCAGCUUAUAGUAAACACUGUACCUAUAGCACCAUGUGUGAUGGAGGCAUGCAGGUUUGCAAUUCAUAA